AUAUAUAUACAUCGGGAAUACAACUACAGAGAUUGUUACUUCUAUUCAUAUUGUGGAUCUUUGUUAUUUUUUAAAUUAAUAAAUCAGCGCUGGAUUUUAUCAAUGACUACUCCAGAUGAUAUUCGAUCACGAAUGUUACACAGAGCUUCUCGACUAAUCAGUGGAAUACGUAAUGAAGAAGCCUGGCAUUUAAUUGGUCUAUUUCAACAAACUCAUCCAAAUACCUUUCUACAAAUAUGUCAUCAUACAUUGGCAUCAUUUCUAGAAUUAACACAUGAUUAUUUUGAUCAAGGUUGGCCAUUAAUGACUCGUUUAAUGAUAUCAAAUCAUAAACGUGCUGAACAUCGUCGAGGACGUUUACGCUCUCAUGCUGCUGCAAUCAGUAGUACAAGUAAAAUUAAUGUACAUGAAGUAUUUGAAUCACCAAUUGGUAGUCCGCUGUUUCUAUCAAAUACUACUGAUCGGUUAACAACAUGCCCAUCUUUAAUAUUGUCUAAUUCAAAAUCAUCAGAUGAUCAAUCGAAAAAGAUGAAAAUAAAAACUGGUAGUAAACGUAUCCUUAAUCAACUUCUACCAUCAAUGUUUCCAUUACCUACCAAUGAUAGUAAUAAUAAUACUGCAACGAAAUCAGCACGUUUUGAUGUAACACCUACAAAACAAUCCAGUCGAUCACAUUCAAAGACAAAAUCCUUCUUUAAACAUGUUCAACCAUUAUUUUCCAAGUCAAUAACGCCUAGUGAAACUGUCAAUCGUCACUGCACCUAUCCACCAGUUAUGCUAAGAUCGCAUUUAUCCCAAUACAAUUGGGAUCUACCAAUGACUACGAAUUGGAUAAAUGAUUAUUCAGCUUAUUGUACACGUUAUUGUAAUGUGGAUUCAAAAAUUUGUGCCACAUUGAUUGAUUAUAUGAUUACAAAUUCAAAAUUAUGCCUAACUGAAGGUGUUUUCCGUAUCCCUGGUAACAGUUUACGUAUCCGUGAAUUAUGGCUGAAAUUACACCAACAUUUCCAAUCACCAUAUCUUCGUGUACCCCAACCAGAACCAGAUUCAGCAGAUGAAAAUCUUUCACCAUACCCAGUAAUUAAUCAAUAUGAAAUCAAUCAAAUACUCGAGAGUUAUUCACCACAUGAUAUAUCAAGUCUUAUUCUACGUUGUUUAACGACAUGUACAGAGUUUCAACGUAUUCAUCAAGUGAUAAAUUUUGAUACAGUUGACACAGUCAGCACUAGUGCUAGUUAUGACACUUCAAGUGAUUAUCAUGAGUGUUCUUUUAAUGAUGGCGAAUAUCAACAAACUGGUGGUUUAAUCCCACUGGAGGCUGGAAAUCUUUUAUUCUUAGCCACUGAAUUACAAUAUCAACUAAAGAUCAAUGAACCGAAUCAAUCACAACCAGAUACAGUGAGCUAUGACGACUGGGUGUAUAUUCUGUGUCAUUCACGUCAACUGCUAGCUUAUCGGAUUGUCUUACAAUUGUUGUUACCAACACCAGAAAGAUUUUUACUCAUGAAUUUAUUACGUCUAUUCAAAGUGAUUGAUGAAUCUAGUUCUAUAUCAAAAAUGACAGCUGAAUGCUUAUCAAGGUGUACAGCAUUUGCUGUGUUUGGUGCUCCUUUAAAAGUUAAACGAUUCACAUCGAAUAAAGAGAAGGCUGGUUGUAAUUUUGAAUCAUAUACUAAUUCGUUAACAAAACGUAUAGAUACUCUGACAAAUUUAAUUCGAAUGGUUCAUCAACUAGAAGAUCUUCCAAUGCUGAUAUAUAAUGCUGUAAGAAAUCGACUUCGAACACAUCUUGGUAAUUCACCGAUACCUAGAACAACUUCACAUAAUAAUAAUAAUAAUAAUCAAAGUAAUACUUUUGCUUCAUCUAUUGAUCGAUGUUGUGAGGAUACAUUGUGUUGUUCAAUGAAUUGUUCUUUAACAUCAAGAAGAGAAUUCAUGAAUACUGCACACCUGAUUCCGUGUGAAUCUAUCACUCAGAUAUGCUCAAAAAAUCAGUAUCACUCAUUGGGAUCAAUAAAAACAGAUCAUUCAAAAACUGGGAAAGAGAAUUUCUCACGUAAAGAUCCAAAUCGUGUGCAUAUUCCACGUACAAAGUCAACUAUUGAUAUCAAUAAAUCUACACCCAUCCACCAUCAGAAAGAUUGUCAGAAAACAAGUCUACUUCAAACAACUCUUACCGUGAACAAUACAAAUCCGACGAAACUGGAUCCAUUUCAGCUAUGGAAACGUCAGAAAUCUGGUCAAGAAAUACGAUCCGCCUACAUUAAUUCUUCUUCAAAUGUUUUCAUCACAAAGUGUGGUUGUAGUCGUGGUGGCGAUGAUCAUGACGAUGAAAAUGAUAAUCUUCCUACGAGUAGAGUACUUAUCAAGUCAAGAAGUAGUUCAUUCUUACAAGAAUCACAAGGAUUCAAUACACAAACAUGGUUACGAAAGUAAAGAGUUAUGCCAUUCUAAAUAUUCUUCAAAAAUAAACAAAUAAACAAAAUACCUGUGAUAGAAAAUAUUGUACACAUUUAUUUCAUUCAAAGUAAUAAUUUCUUAAUAAUUUAUCAAACAUUAAACCUUUUUUUUGUUGUAUAUAACUUGAGGACUAUCUUUAUAAUUUUAUCCAUUUUUAUUUUUGCAUGAAAUUAACUCUGUGUACAGUAUACUUCUUUAUUCUAUUAAAAUAAUAUUACUCAUAAUUAAAUUAACUUUGUAAAGUUAUUAUUUUUAAGGUUCAUAUAUAAAAUAAUCUUUUUCUAAAACAAAA